AUGUCUGACUAUUUUGAUGAAUUGGGUCACGAACCCACUGGACCAGAAGGGGCCAAUGAUUUCGAUCGUCAUUACAAGCGCUUGCAAGUACUGGCCAUAAUGAAUGGAAUAGAUAUGGAAAUAGAAGUACCAGAAGCGUCAAAAAGAGCCAUAGCUGAAUUCCCGGUACAUGAGGUAACCGAUAAUGACGACAAGGACAAUCUUGAGUGUGCAGUAUGCAAGCAGCCAGCUGAAAAUGGGGAAAAAUAUAAAAUUUUGCCAUGCAAACACGAGUUUCACGAGGAAUGUGUAUUGCUUUGGCUGAAGAAAGCCAACUCCUGUCCCUUGUGCCGAUUUGAGCUGGAAACAGAUGAUGAGGCGUAUGAAGAAUUAAGACGUUAUCGUCAAGAUGAAUCGAAUCGUCGUGAAAGACAAAGCAAUUUAUUAGAUUCGAUGUUUUCAUAAAGUUAUAAAUAUACAU